AUGGCUGCGCAAUGCGACGCGGCCAUUAUACAAGGCUUUUCAGGUGCCAUUUCACGGGAGUGCAUCCCGAAAACUGGCGGUGUUGACACCUCGAUACUACCUACUCCCGCAAACACUCCAUCAACGACUCCCGAUUUUGCAAUGAAGCUUGCCAAGCACAACCUGACGGAGGCUGAUUUGCAGAACGUGCAUGAUCUGUUGAUAGACAUCGCGAAAGCAGGAGGCAAGAUCAUGAUGGAAGCUGAGCACGAGUUCUUGAUCGCUGCGGCUGCCAAGAACAACACAGCGGACCUUGUUACGCAAUACGACAAGCAGAUUGAGGAGACGGUUGAGCACCGUGUUUUAGAAGCAUAUCCCACUUUCGACUUCCUGGGCGAAGAGAGCUUCAAGCAUGGUCAGAAGCUCGCAAACCGACCGACAUUUGUCGUAGACCCAAUCGAUGGAACGCUCAACUUUUCUAAAGGUGUGCCGAACUCUGCAGUGUCUUUGGCACUUACUGUCGACAAGAAGCCUGUGGUUGGUAUUGUUUACAAUCCCUUCCGAGGCGACAUGUACACCGCUAUCAAGAAUCGCGGCGCGUUUCUCACCAAGAUGCAUACCGGCGCUCGCUUCAAGCUUCCACUGCAGCCAGUACCACCUCCCAUGCCAUCUCUACGCUUCUGUCUAGUUGCAGUGGAGUGGGGCAAUCAACGCCAUGGUCCCAACUGGGAAUUGAGAACAGAUAUCCAUAAGAAGCUCUUGACAGACAAGAAGGAAGGUGGUGCUUUCUGCAAGUCCAUUCGCUCCAACGGCUCCGCAGCCCUGGACUUCUGCUAUGUUGCUCAAGGCAUGCUUGAUUGUUUCUGGGAGGGUGGAGUGUGGAUUUGGGACGUAGCAGCUGGAUGGUGCAUUCUCGAGGAGGCUGGCGGCAUCGUAGCAUCCGCAAAUCCUGGAGAUUGGGACCCGACGCUCGAGGGUCGUCUGUACUUUGCUGUUCGCCACGCUAAGCGUGAAGAACAGAAGGCCAUUGUUGAUGAGCUGUGGGACAUCAUGGGCGACCGUAAGUUCGUCUACUAG